AUCUCUAGCACCUGCAAUACAUAGUAUUUUCAUUCAUUCUAUAGUUUCAAAAAUACUAUGCACACAAAUACACAAAUUUUAUUAAAGUAUGGCUUAAUGCUACAUUGAAAUUUAUCAGUAGACAAUAGAUAAUAAACAAACCAACCAAUUAUGAAGCGUGCUCUGUCAGUUCCACUUUUAUUGCGAUGCUCAAGAGCAUGGAGAAUAUAUGUAAGAAAUAUGGCGGAUAUUCCCGAGGGCAUACUUAUAGGCUUUGGGAAUCCACUGCUGGAUAUAACCAAGAUUGUCAAAGAUAAAAUUAUUCUGGAAAAGUACGGAUUGUCGGAGAAUGCGGCGAUCAUAGCAGAAGAGAAACAUUCUCAACUCUUUAUAGAGUUAUCAAAAAUGGAUGACAUAAUAUAUUCGGCUGGUGGAGCCUGCCAGAAUUCAAUGCGUAUCUUUCAAUGGAUUAUUAGUAAACCGUUUCGGGCCUACUUCGUGGGAGCCAUAGGAACGGAUAAUUUCGGAGAGACGCUUGAAAAGAAGGCAUCUGGAGACGGAGUUCGAGCACUUUAUCAGAAACGACCUGAAGCUCCGACCGGCACUUGUGCAGUUAUUGUCAAUGGUUCCAAUCGAUCUUUAGUUGCCAAUUUAGGUGCAUCCGCCUUGUUCUCAGAGGAGUGGAUGAAAAACAAUGAGAAUAUGUGCUAUGUAAAGAGGGCGCAAUAUUUCUAUAUUACGGGUUUCUUUCUAGCGGUCAAUCCACCAACUGUUCUCCAGGUUGCCAGACUCUCCUCUGAGAAUAAUCGCAUCUUUAUGUUAAAUUUUAGUGCAGUUUUUGUCCCCGAACAGAUGAAAUCGCAGCUAGAUGAAAUUUUACCCUACACAGACAUAGUUAUUGGCAAUAAGCAAGAGAUGCUGGCCUACGCCGAUACUCACAACUGGAAUACUAAAGAUGUAUUUGAAGUUGGUAGACGUCUCCAGUCUAUGCCCAAGUGUAAUAAACGCUCCCGUAUCGUAAUGAUCACGGACGCAGUGUGUCCUGUGCUCUGCUUCCAGGAGAACGAUAAAGUAAUCGAGUAUCCGGUGCCAAAAGUGGAACAAAAUCAAAUUGUGGAUACCAAUGGAUGUGGGGACGCUUUUGUUGGUGGCUUCCUUUCUCAAUUGGUUCAGCAAAUGCCCAUCGAUUCCUGUGUCCGAACUGGAAUAUUUGCCUCGCAACAGGUUCUACGAGUUGUGGGCAUUCAAAUAGAGAAACUACCGAAGUUUGAACAAAGCUUUUGUUCCACAAAAUAAAUUAUAGUAGUAAAAC